AACAGCAACGACCUUUCCCCCCCUCAAAGCUCUUCCUAUAGGCCUGGUCCCGCCCACCCGGGUGCCGGGAAGGUUCUGGGCGCGCGUGGUGCAUUGUGGGGAGGGACCGUUAGCAGCAGGGCCGCCGCCAAGAUGAUGCCCACACCUGUUAUUCUGCUGAAGGAAGGCACAGACACUUCCCAGGGGAUCCCCCAGCUUGUGAGUAACAUCAAUGCCUGCCAAGUCAUUGCAGAGGCCAUUCGGACCACACUUGGCCCUCGGGGCAUGGACAAGCUCAUUGUUGACGACAGAGGCAAAGCAACCAUUUCUAAUGAUGGUGCCACCAUCCUGAAGCUUCUCGAUGUCGUACACCCUGCUGCAAAGACGCUUGUAGACAUUGCCAAAUCCCAGGAUGCAGAGGUCGGUGAUGGCACCACUUCUGUUACCCUCCUAGCUGCCGAAUUCCUAAAGCAAAUCAAACCCUAUGUGGAAGAAGGGCUGCACCCCCAGAUCAUCAUCCGUGCUUUCCGCACCGCAACCCAGCUGGCAGUAAAUAAGAUCAAGAAGAUUGCUGUUACAAUCAAGAAGACGGACCAAGACGAGCUGCGGAGCCUGCUGGAGAAAUGUGCAAGCACAGCCUUGAGCUCAAAGCUGAUUUCCCAGCAGAAGGAGUUCUUUGCCAAGAUGGUGGUGGAUGCUGUGAUGAUGCUGGAUGAGCUCCUGCAGAUCAAAAUGAUUGGAAUCAAGAAGGUGCAAGGAGGAGCCCUGGAGGAUUCCCAACUGGUUGCAGGGGUGGCCUUCAAGAAAACCUUCUCUUAUGCCGGAUUUGAGAUGCAGCCGAAGAAGUACCAGUCUCCUAAGAUUGCUCUGCUCAACAUCGAGUUGGAGCUUAAGGCGGAGAAGGACAAUGCUGAAGUCAGGGUCCACAGUGUGCAGGAUUACCAGGCCAUUGUGGACGCUGAGUGGAACAUCUUAUAUGACAAGCUCGAUAAAAUCCACAAGUCAGGGGCCAAAGUUGUCCUCUCCAAGCUUGCCAUUGGUGAUGUGGCUACUCAGUACUUUGCUGACAGGGACUUGUUCUGUGCUGGUCGAGUCCCUGAAGAAGAUCUCAAGAGGACCAUGAUGGCCUGCGGCGGAUCCAUCCAGACCAGCGUAAAUGCCCUGGCGGAUGAUGUCCUUGGGCGUUGCGCGCUCUUCGAAGAGGCACAGAUUGGAGGGGACAGGUAUAACUUCUUCACCGGGUGCCCGAAGGCCAGGACCUGCACAAUAAUCCUGCGUGGAGGGGCUGAGCAGUUCAUGGAAGAGACGGAGCGUUCCCUCCAUGAUGCCAUCAUGAUUGUCAGGAGAGCAAUCAAGAAUGACUCUGUAGUGGCUGGUGGUGGAGCUAUAGAGAUGGAGGUUUCCAAGUACCUCCGAGACUAUUCCAGGACCAUUCCGGGCAAGCAGCAGUUGCUGAUCGGGGCAUAUGCCAAAGCCCUGGAGAUUAUUCCACGCCAGCUCUGUGACAACGCUGGCUUUGAUGCCACCAACAUACUCAACAAACUCCGAGCCAAGCAUGCCCAGGGUGGGAAGUGGUUCGGUGUGGACGUGAACAACGAAGAUAUCGCUGACAACUUUGUGGCUUGUGUAUGGGAGCCAGCCGUUGUGCGCAUCAACGCCUUGACAGCAGCGUCUGAGGCGGCGUGCCUCAUCGUGUCCGUUGACGAAACCAUCAAGAACCCCCGCUCCACAGUGGACGCCCCUCCUCCAGGCCGUGGCAGAGGGCGAGGGCGGCCCCAUAACCACUAAAUCCCAGGCUUUGACAGCAGUGUGAGAAACAGGGAGGCCCUCUCCCACAAAAGAUGGCCCCUGGACCCCGUCACUUAGCACUCCUCAGCCUGCUUUCCGCAUUUGGAGGGUUCAAACCACCUUUGAUGCUUUCAGGGGAGAAGCGCUUUGAGCGUUAGCUGCUCUGUGACCAGUUGUGUGAAAUGGGAGGAAGCCCCAUGAAAUCCAAGGCCAGGUACCCUUCCAACAUUCAGAUCCGGGUAUCCUACCUGGUGCCAGACUUUUCUCCCUUCCUGGGUUUCUCCUUGUUCUUCAGCUUUGACACCUAAGCCCCCCCCCUCCCCCGGAUCUCUCCAUUGCUGGCAUAGUGCUUGACGGUUAAGGAGGCUAGUAAGUGUGUUGUAUUUAUUGGUUGUUUCUAGAAGGCAUUCAAACCCAGCCAUGAACACAAUAAACCAUUUUAAAAAUCA